AGCUAAACGGUGCCUGCACGGCCCACACCUCUGCAUGCAACCUUGCCAAGAAAAACUGAUGGAAUGAUGAGUCUUUUUAGAGAAACCAAACACAGCCUUAAUCCGUAACCCGCCACCUGUUUCUGCCCAACCGCGCAAAGCUGCUGAUUUGCACCGUGAGAGGUGUUUGUUCCCUUGAUUAGAUUUGAAUUGAAUUCAAGCACAACAGUAGAUCGUCUGACCCACCUGAUCUCUGCCUUCUAAACUGCAACAAUGAUUCACUUUGUGCUUCUCUUUAGCCGACAAGGAAAGGUGAGGUUGACAAAGUGGUACUCACCUUAUUCCCAGAAGGAAAGAACUAAGGUCAUUCGAGAGCUCAGUGGUUUAAUUCUCCCAAGAGGCCCAAAGCUUUGCCACUUUGUGGAGUGGAGGGGUUUUAAAGUCGUUUAUAGAAGAUAUGCGAGCCUGUAUUUUUGCAUGUGCAUCAAUCAGGAUGACAAUGAGUUGGAGGUCCUUGAAAUUAUUCACCUCUUUGUUGAAGUACUUGACCGCUACUUUGGAAGUGUCUGCGAGUUGGACUUGAUCUUUAACUUCCACAAGGCUUAUUUUAUACUGGAUGAGCUUUUGAUUGCUGGUGAACUUCAAGAGUCUAGCAAGAAAACAGUUGCACGUCUGAUAGCGGCACAGGAUUCUUUGGUGGAGACAGCUAAAGAGGAGGCAAGUUCGAUUAGCAAUAUAAUUGUGCAAGCAACCAAAUGAGAGUACAGUAAACUUCAAGCUGAUGGUACAUGAGAUCGCAGUCCAGUCUGUUGUUAGUCUAUUUUUCUGCUAAAUGUUUCUGUUAUGGAUGACUGACUUGAUUUCCCGUCCGUCCAAUUGUCAUUGAUUCACUUUCUUUAGUGGCAAAGCUGCAUAUUGUAGCAGCAGUACUUGAAAUCUGUUUCGCUCCUUGAUGGUUUGUCACAGUUGAGAUUUAGGAUUGUGCCAUGUUUUGUUUUCUUAAUUAAACGCGGUCAGAAAAUGGUGUUCCCUUUUUUUUGUCUCAAGGAAUGGAGUGGCUUUGGGCAAUGAAUGACUAUGGCUAUCUCAGCGGUUUUUGGCAAA